AUGGCAGCACAGGGAGUGUGUGCACAUACGGGCACUUAUGUGCUGUUCGCUCCCCGCACAAUGGCGCAGGCACUAUUCGAAGUUUUGACAGGCGGUGUGUCUUCAGUAUCUGUUGACAACCAGACAACAUUGGCUGUGCAGUCAUUAUUGGAAUCGCAAACAAUCCAAGAGCAACCACCAGUGGAUGAUGACGACGUCUUUCAGUGUGGAAAAUGCAAGAAGCAGUUCACCUCCUUGUCUGUCUUCGUCAGUCACAAGCAGCAGCGAUGUGCACAACUGGUUCAGCAGCCUCCAUCGUCGCGGCCAGGACCCCUCAUGCCACCAGGCUCCAUCACUGCUAACCCGAACAGCGCAUUCACAUCAUCCGUACCUUCCAACUUGACAAGACACUCACAGCUGCAAAGUUACAACUCUGUGACUGCCUCCCCCAUCCCACAGUCUAUCAGCCAAGGGAUCGUUCUCAGUGAAGACCUCAUCACAUUCGCCAAUAUUGACCAGUUACAGACACAAAACCUUCAAAUGGUUCAGGGUACUCAAAUCCAGGGUAAUCCGUUUUUGUCACAAGUUGGUCCCCUGACACCAAGGAGUACCUCGGCCAAUGGUCUGGGGCAUCAGAACAUCACGACGUACACGGUCUCAGCACCCGUCUUACAAACAUCCUUUGCCAACCAGGCUGCGUACAACACGGCACAACAACCCACUCAUCAGGUUGUCCAGAGUCCUCCCUACCCAUCUGGUAUCAUGGCUGCUACACAGCAAGAGUUCCACCAGAUUCCGCAGACUGUUACCAUGGGUACGAUUCAGAAGCAUAGCCAGGGAAAACAUGGCAAGAAGUCAGUUGCAAUAAAUCCAAACCAGAACAUCAGUGUGAUGAUGCUGACGGAGCAAGAUGUGAGUGGUGGCAUCAUUGUGAACCAACUUCCACCCGGUGGCAAACAAAGGCGCCUCAAAGCAAUGAGUCCUGAGGAGGCAUCGAAACGCAAACUCAAAUGUCAGUAUUGUGAAAAGAGUUUUGCGAAGAAUUUUGAUCUGCAGCAGCAUGUUCGAUCACAUACUGGCGAGAAGCCGUUUCAGUGCAUCGUUUGUGGCCGGGCGUUUGCACAGAAGUCGAACGUCAAGAAACAUAUGCAGACACACAAGGUGUGGCCGACUGGUAACACGGGCACUCUCCCUAAGAUGCCCAUCAUAGAGAAGGUUGACCUGGAUGGUGAGGAGGGAGAGGUAUCACUCAUGGAAAGAGACAAGGAGCCUAAUCCUGAUGUUGAGGAAGCUGAGCUGAAAGAAGACCUCUUCACCGUUAUAUCCCAGCAGAAAGAUACCGCUGAGCUUUCAGGAGAACCUAUGACUGGCCAUGAACUGGAGUGUGAAGAAGAGCCUGGUGACAGUGGUAACAAAGUGUCCAUAAUGAUUGACAACACGUACCUGUGUCAUUAUUGCCCGGAGAAGUUCAAGAGUUACUUCCAACUCAAGACACACAUGGUUAUACACAAGAGUGAACAGGUGUACAAGUGUAUUGUGAAGAAAUGUGGUGAGACAUACAAGGAACUCGAUCAAUUCCUUGAGCAUACUAAGACCCAUGAGACAGACAUGUGCUACAGGUGCCAUCUCUGCAACAAGAACUUCCCGUCACUCUAUGAGCUUGGCGUCCAUCAGUAUUCUCAUAGUCUGUAUCCGAGUCAAGGUGCAAAGGCUGGCGCCAGGUUCUUCAAGUGUAACAAAUGCAACAAUAAAUAUGCUACCCCUGAGGCAUUGGAGCAUCACAUGUCCACCACCACUCACAACUAUCCGUGUCCUAAUUGUGAUAAGAUCUUCUCGUGUGAGAGAUACCUGAGGAGACAUCUUGUCACACACAGUAGUGCAGACCUGACAUGUAGUGUUUGUGGUAAAGGCUUCCGAACGGAUCACUACCUCAAGAUGCACAUGUUGAUUCAUUCCAACACAAAGCCAUUCAAAUGUGAGCAGUGUGGCACCUCCUUUAAUCGCAAAGACAAACUAAAGAGACACGAGACCAUUCAUGAUCCAAGUAAAAGAUUCAAGUGCCCAUUCAGAAGUCAUACUGGUUGUAUGAAGGAGUUCAACAGGCCUGACAAGCUGAAGGCACACAUCAUCACCCACAGUGGCGUCAAACCUUAUAAAUGUCUCGACUGCGGGAAGACGUUCACAAGACGACCGCAUCUCCGUGAUCAUGAGAGGAUGCACAAAGAUGACUACAAGUGGCGGUGUGACGACUGUGGGAGGGGAUUCGCUCGUGAGCGCCUGCUGACUGUUCAUAAAUGUCGCUCGAAACAGGAUGGGGUGGAUGAAGAUGCAGAAGUGGUCGAGAAACCGCAGCCAAAAGCUCCUGUUCCAAAGCCAAAGACAAGUAAAAGACGUAUUGCGCGUGCACCCAAGAAAAUGAUAAAGGUGACCAAGGAGAGUGUUUCUUUGAACAGGAGGUCAGGGCGUGGGAGGAGGAGAGUACGUCCCCGACGGAUCUAUGCUUUAGACUCUGAAUCUGAAGAUGAGACGGAGAUGGAAGCCAUGCUGGCAAAGUCACCAUCCCCUGUCCCAGAAACAGCGGAGGAAGCCGAUGAUACAGAGAGAAUGGUACAUAUCAUGAAUGUGAAAACAGAAGCCGACCAAGCACCGAUGGAGCAAAUGGAGCAUAAAGUUUCUAUCAGUGAGUUAAAUGCCAUGAAUACUAUCAAUUUGCCUGGCGAUGGUAAAGGCCCUGUGACUAUUGGUAUUAAAAGUCCUGCAGUGGAUGGUGUGUAUGAAGUACAGGUCUUCACCCAGACGAACGCUGAUGGCAACAUCGUGCAGCAAAUCCAGCCACUUCAGCCAAUGACAUACGACGUGAGCCAUCUCUCCGGCCAGGCGGUUCAGUUAACACAUUCUGUACCCUUGUCAGCCACUAUGGAGCAGGCUGUACAAGAUUGUAUCUCAUCGCCUGAAAAUGUGGUCCUUGGCAUGGUUGCCGUGGAGGCACCAAUUCUCCAAGGACAACAGCAGUAAGAUAAAUCCAAUAAAUCCCUUUCUUUCCACUCUGUUUCUUCCUUUGAAAGUUCGAAAUUCUGCCUGGGGCUCAUCCAACAUCAUGGCAUGUUUUAAUUUGUAGCUAUAAGUUUUACUGUCUUAGGAGUAGGAAUAUGCUUGAAUUUUCCUUUUUUGUUCUUCCGUACUCAUUAGUGUUAUUUAGUUACCCUGGGCAUGUAUUGUAAAACGAUUUUAGAUGAAAUCUGAAGUUUGAUAUAAUAAUUAUGUUCUUCUAUGACUGUACAUGUACAUGUAUUUAUCCACUUCAUUUUGUCACAUCAGGUAUUUUAUAUCCAAGUUUCUGUAAGUGAAUGUUUCGGUCGAUGAUCAAUGUUGAAAGUGGAAUAACUGUGAACAUUGAUAAAAUUGUACUCGGUGGUAGAGCUUUUUGCAGUCUACAAUGUUCAUGUACAAGUUGUGUUCAUUUGUUUGUACACCAUACAUGUACAAGUAUACAUGUAUAGGGAACGGUCAGUACGUUUUACUUUGUAAAUAUGCAGUAAAUUUCUUUUAGAGAAAAAUAACUGUACAUUGUAUGUAUCAUUACCAGAAUAAAUGCACUACGAGUGAUACACG